CUACGGCCACAUAUUGCGGAUGAAGGAUAGUGAAACGACUUGCAAGCAAUUUGGAGUAGGAACUAUUUAUUAAAGCCAUGGAGGAAUAAGAACAAAUCUCCAUGGUAAAGCCAACGUUAUUCCACACAUUUCAGAAAGUAGUCAAGACAAAAUGUCCAAGGAUUGAGGGAAACCAGCUAAAACUAUGGAGGAAUAAGCCCGCAUGUCUGUGUGUAUUCAUUAGCCAGACGGUGCUAGCUGCAUCUGCUUGGAAACUCUCGGCCAGUCAAACCCACGGAACGCAGCUCUAACAGAUCACACCCAUGUUUGUCCUGGCUGAGAUGACAGACACUGUUCGCAUUGAGCCUUGGCUGUUCAAUGUAAAACUGAACAGUGCCAUCAGCGAAGAAUUGAACAAGAAGCUUGCCAACAAAGUGGUGCAUAGUGUUGGCCUGUGCAUUGCCCUACAUGACAUCGUCAAACUGGAGGAUUCUCACAUCUUUCCUGGUGACGGGGCCUCACAUACCAAGGUGCAUUUCCGCUAUGUAGUUUUCCGCCCCUUCAUGGACGAGGUUCUUGUGGGUAGGAUACGCAGUUGCAGCCGAGAAGGUGUACACGUAACUCUGGGAUUCUUUGAUGACAUCCUGAUACCACCGGAAGCCCUACAGCAGCCUUCCAAAUUUGACGAGACAGAGCAAGUGUGGGUGUGGCAGUAUGAGACGGAGGAGGGCACCCACGACCUCUUCAUGGAUACCAGUGAGGAGAUCCGGUUCCGCGUAGUGGAUGAAACCUUUGUGGACACCACACCCGUCGGACCGUCCGACAUCAGUGAGCCAGGCUCGGAGAUUGUGGUGGACGAUUCCAAGAGCAAACAGUCACCCUACAGCUUAACGGGUUCAAUCAGCGAGCCAGGGCUGGGCCUGCUCACCUGGUGGGCCAGUUAGCAACAGACAGUCCCAUUUCACACGGUGGAUAUUGAGUGGUGAAUACUGCUAAACUAUUCCACUGGCUAAGCAAAUAUCGAUGGGGAACUGGGGCCAAUUUCAUAGAACUGCUUAAGCACAAAAUUUGCUUAAGCGGGAAAAAACUUUGCUUAAUAAACAAAGAUUACCAGCAACUCUAUCUGAUAAUCAUGCUAACCAAAAAACAGCUUAAUACGAUCCCAAAGCAAUAUACAUCACAUGGAGUUUGGCUGGUUACCUGAUUUAUCAAGUAAGGUUUUUUGCGCUUAAGCAAAUUUCAUGCUUAAGCAGCUCUAUGAAAUUGGCCGCUGGUCACAAGCACAGCAUACGGCACAACAUUUUUGCUUGUAACCAGGUAUUGUUAAGCGGACGUUUUUCAUGCUGAGCAAAUCACCAUGCGUAGCUAGUCCAUGGCAUCAGCUGAGGUGAUGUCCAGAACCACCAGAAAUGUCCAGAGAGUGGAGUGAUCCUGCAUGCAGAGCAACAGCCCAGAGUCCAAGUCAAAUGAAGCGAGAACUGCCAAGGGAGAGUCCAUCUUGGUGGAGGUUUUUUCUGAGACUGUCCGACCAGGUAGCUACCAAUUGCUCAUGGGGGAGUUACGGGGGCCCCGUGUUGGAAUUUUCAAGAAUUGAAAGUCUGGAUGAGACUGAACGUAAAGGAAAUUGCAUUUGUUGAUUUCUUUGUUAGUGUCAACAUCUUAACUAGGCUUGUGAACACCAAAAAAUCCUACAACAACAAAAUGGAAAAUUUGAUUUGAUUUGCUGCGGCUAUGCUCUAAUCAUGUCUGUUCCAUCAUUGACCUCAUAUAAUGGCAGAGGGUGGUGUUGCUUUGCAGCUGCGAAGGAUUGUAGUUUUUCUCCUGAAAUGUGGUAAAGACAACGUUUGCUAAGAGCGAUCCAUGCAACUUCAUUGUUUGGUGUGACAUUUAUCAGGCAUUUCUACCCUGUGCUAAUUCAGAGUCAUCUUAAAUGAAAGCUUUGAAUGGGCAUAAGCCAUAAGUUCAGCAUCACACAUGGUUGUCUGUGUUAGUAUGGUGUAGCGCCCUCUAGGGUUGUAUUGCUGAGGAGUUUAAUACAAAAGGUCGUGGGUCACAACCACUGCAUUUUCAACUAAAAAUACAUGUAGAUUUACCCUCAGUUGCACGGGCGCUCAUCUGUUGCAGAAAUUGUGCUUUUUCUUUCUGAAUAAAUUUCUGUACUUUUCACUCAGACGAGGUGAUUUCCAAUUUGCAGCAGUCUUCUGAUGGCUCAUUUUUUCUGUGUAAUAUGUUGCAUUAUGGUUGCAUUAUCUGUACCAUCAAACAGGGUUUUAGAUUCUUUUGCUCAAGUAAAAAAUUCUCAUCUUUGUAUUAAAGGAAAGAGGCAGGUUUUUUAAAGACAGCAGAUUAUCGAAGAGGGCAGAUACAUUUUUGUUAGUCUUGCUGAUACUUGUGUGUCUGAAGCAGUUUCACCAUGGCAACAGAUUUUUAAACUUUUUGAUCGCUUGUUAGGGAACUCUUAAUACUUUGUUGACUUAAGAAAAGGGGGGGAUGACUGGGAAAAACAAAGCAGAUGAGUAUGUGAAACUGCUUGGUUUUAAAUUCAAUUUUGCCGUGUUUAAUUCAGGUUUUGUAAUUGGGCAGAUCCUCUUCAAUUCUGGUGAAAAAAAAAAACCUGGCACAAAGACUCCAAAUAAGAUCAUAGAGCCAGCUUCAGUUUGCUGAAAACAACA